AUGGAUGACAGAGAGAAUGACCUCAUCGAACGAAAGUUGAAACGGCCAAAGUAUGAGCCAACCUUCACCCAUGCGGACUACACAGUGGGAUGGAUCUGUCCACUCCAGAUCGAGCUUGUGGCAGCUCUCGAGAUGUUAGAUGAGGAGCAUACGAAGCUGCCGCAGCAACCAGCGGACCACAACGUUUAUCAUCUGGGUAGCAUUUCAGGCCAUAACGUCGUCAUUGCGGGCAUGUGGCAGACGGGAAAUACUACAGCGGCGACGGUCGUUGCCCAAAUGAGAAUGACCUUUCCCAGCGGCGUCCCCGUCGUGACAGAACAUGGGAUGGUUCGACUGGGACAUGUGGUUGUCAGCAAACCCACGGGGCAGCUCCCGGGGGUUAUUCAGUAUGACCGGGGGAAGGCGCAAGAUGGUGAGUUUGUGCGGACUGGCGCUCUAGCUCCGCCGCCGCCGGUCCUCCUUUUGGCUGCCGAAGCCCUAGCCGCCCAGCGCGCUCGAUCACGACAAGACCCAUUGCUACAGAACAUCCGGCGGUUUGAUACCAGCCUCCCCGGGCUGUGCUGCUAUCAAUUUCCCGGCAACGACAAAGAUUACCUUUUCCCGGCCGAUUAUAAGCAUCUUCGCCCGCGAACAUCAUGCGAUGUGGCCCAAUGCGAUCUGACUCAACGGAUUAGCCGGGAUGAAGACGGCAUAUAUAAGUCAGAUGAGUGGAUUAUCGUCCAUCGCGGCACGAUCGCUUCGGGUGAGCUUGUAGUCAAGGAUGCCGUGAAGCGAGAUCUGCUGAGCCAAGAGGAUGACAUUCUCUGCUUCGAGAUGGAAUCUGCGGGCGCCUUGAGUGACUUUCCAUGCCUGGUGAUCCGCGGGAUUUCCAACUACUGUGACUCGCAUAAGAGUGACCAGUGGCAGGGUUAUGCUUCGGCUGCCGCGGCUGCCUACGCGAGGCAACUCUUUUUCUACAUUCCCAUGGAACAGGAAACCUAG